UGAUGAUGGUCUAUGUUUUACUGAUUCCUUUGAUUUUAUUCGGUAUAAUUAAUGGGAAGGUGGACAUUCUCCUUACACCGGAGAGCGCCAUCAUUUCUACAGGAGAAAACAUAACCCUUCAAUGUCAAGUCAACAAUGUGGACCACCAUUUCUAUGCAAUCAGGUGGAGGCACACUCUACACGAUGUUUCUGGUCCUCUUCAAAGCAACGCAACUUUAGUCAAGGAAACUCUAAAGUUAAAGUCUUCACUGACUUUGUCUAAUCCAGGUGUUAGUUUCACAGGUUUAUAUUUCUGUGAAGUACACUACACUGGUCGAGGGGGGAACUUGGUAUCGUUUGCCACAUCCUUGGUAUCCGGGAUCCACAGCGCAAGGAUAUCAGAGUGUCAUAAGUCUUCCAGUGGAGGUAAAGUGAUACACCUGUUUGAGAGAGGCCCAUCAGUUGACAUCUCUUGUAAGGCCAUCAAAGAACCCAUUGUUCCCGAGUUAAGAUGGAGGUUUCUUCAAAGAGCAGGCAGAACGUACAUUGAUUUCAGCCGUGACGAUGAUGGCAUCUAUCGAUUCAUCAAAUCCACUCUUAAGUGGAACCAAGACUGGCAUGACCUUAUUCUCUAUUGUAAAGCAAUAGAAAUUGGGAAUACAAUCGUGACAAGUCCUUGCGUCAUUGGUCUCAUUAAAGUCAUCCAGCAGCCACAAAUCAUUCCAAGAAACACCAGCCUGGGCUUUGGUUUUGUUAAUGAGGUUGAAUUCUGGUGCGACAUAAGAGGCGUCUAUCAUCAAUCCUGCUCUUACAUGUGGGAGUGCCAACCAAAUGUUCCAGGUUGCCAUAGUGAUAAUGAUACUAUACUCUUCACUAUUGAUGAAUCAACAAGUUUAGGGGAUGAGAUCGACGUUAUCUGUCAGGUAAAGUGCGUCCAAGGUUUCCUUGGAGAAGCUCAUGCAACCUUAACUAUCCUUUAUGAAUCAUUAACUCAAAAUUCAAUGGUUUCUGCUGAAGGAGCUGGAAUCGCAUUAUCACUCCAAUCACAUCCUGUCUUAGAGAGUGAUGAUGAAUUCCUUAGAUGUUCAGCAAACUACAUAGGGAAUGAUAAACCCAUUUUUGCUUGGUAUGUUGAUGGUAUCAAGCAAGGAAUCUCAGACAGCAAUGAAACUAUGCCAAAUCAUCAACAAGAAGUACACUCGACCUAUCGCGUUGGCCACACUUUCCGUUCAGUGGUUUGUGACGCCCUCUAUGAUGGCAACAUUAUUCGUGUCUGGAGCACUUUCAGUGAGGUGAUAGGUACUACCAGUGAUACGAUCAGCUUCACAACCAAUGAUUUUGUCUUGACUUCAUCUCCGAUACCAGCCCUAACAAGGUCUCUCAGCCUUUCUAUAAUCUCCAUAAAGCUUGUGAUAAUCAAUGGUAUCUGUGCUUCAUUGGCAGUUCUGGUCUUCGCCUGGAUUACUUUCAGUUUAUUACGAGGCAGUAGAUACUGGGGCCCUGUCGAUAAUUCCAAAGCCAAAACAUUCAAGGUAAAAUCCAAACUUCCCUCCGAUAAUACUGAAAUGAACCUUACUAUGAACAAACAAGAAACUAAACCUGUCUCAAGUGAUUCCUUCGAAGACUAUGCCUAUCCAGAAUUUCAAAUGCAGACUACAAAGAAUGAGGGUGAACAUUUUGCCUUUACGGUUGCUUCUGGGUUUAGUGAUAUGGAACAUGGAGAAGGUAGUUACGAAGAAUUCCCAGAUGAAAAAUCUUGGCAGCAUGGAUCUGAUUUCCAUCAAGGUAACAAGUUGAUCCAACCUUACCAGAACUUUGUUUUUCCAUCAUCGUCUUCGUUGAGUCCUCCGCUCACCCCGCCACUUGUUCAUGAGUACCACACAACCAGUACUCAUUCCGAAGAUCAUGAUCAUGGAUUUUUUGGCAAAGACUCAUCCACUUAUUCUUUACAUCAUGAAUAUCACGCUUGACACAUAGUUUUAGGAAGAUUGGAUCAUAAUCAGUGAUAACAAAUAAUCAGGAUUGAGGAAAGACAUAUACAUACUACAAAAGCCGUUUCAAUUUAAAGAUGUGCACUGUUCAUGUUCAUGAGAGGCCUACUUUUCACUUGGGAGUAGACACAUUUUUCCUAGAUAGAAUAUGCAAUGAGUGAAAUUGGAGAAAAAGGAUUGUAGGGAAGAAUAAGGAUUACUUUGUAGAAUGAGCAAUGAGAUUCCUAGAAAACUGUAGUGUUGAAUAGCCUGUAAUCAUUUUAAAAUGUGCCAACCAAAGCAGGAUGAAAGGUACUCUAUCGUGGACCAAUCUCACAGGAUUAAUGCGAAGAAGUGACGUCUCAAUAGGGCUUAAAGGCAUAUGCUAACGUUGUAGACAUGUAAUUUAAAAAAUAUCAAAGGAGAGAUGAAAUAUGUACAUGAAUGCCUUUCUGUCAACCUAAAAACUCUAAAUC